AAUCAUGGCAAACUCACGCCCUGCUUUCAACUAUAAUGAUGAAUCUCAGUCGGAGAAAUUGGCCAGGAAGUCUAAGGAUUCUCCUUUCAUGAUUAUAGGUAUCUUAGGACUGAUUGGCGUUUGUGGCGUCGGGGCAUAUAAAUUCAAAACACGAGGUAAAAUGAGUACAAGUGUAUUCCUCAUGCAGUUGCGAGUGGCCGCCCAGGGGACUGUGGUGUCUUGUCUGACCAUAGGUGUGGCAUACACAUUAGCGAAGCAACAUCUAUUUAAGGAUACUAAAAAAGAUGAAUAAAUACAAACAUUGGUAAGCUUCCCUUGUUAGUAUGGACUGAGGACGUAAGAACUUGAUGGCUAUUCAUAAAAUCAGUUUUGUAAAAAUAAAAUGCUAGGGAUAUAUUUUGCAUCCACUUUUUAUAAGACAGCAUAAUCAGCUUUAAGAUCUAUGGUACAAAGAAUGGCAUCUAAGGUUCAGUUGUUACAAUUAGUUGUUUUUUUAGUUUGUACCUAACCGUGUAGUCUGCUAUGCUAUGCUAUCUUUAAAUUAGUACACCUGUUACUCAAGAGUUGUUGUAGAUCUGAAUGAAAUAGUACUGGAAUAUUAGCUAGUAAUUAAGCCGUAAUUGUUUUUGUUAUAUUGUAGGUACUUAUGUGCCUGAGCGCCACUUGCACCAUCCGGGUUAGUGGGAUGGUGCUAGUGGCGCUUAGUUAACAGUAUAAAGUGUCAUUUGAAACCAUGUUCGAAACAUUGAAAAGGGUAUUUCACUACUAGUCAAAAAAUUGUCUAAAAAUAACUUCUAUGUUUCUCUAUUAAUGUUCUGGUUCUGUUGCUUCAUUUCAUGCAUGGUAUGAAAUUAUUUAUUUUAAAUAUAGUCAACAUCCCUAAUGUAGGUAUAAGUGGAUGUGACUUGUGUUUCAAAUUUCCUAGAAAAGGUUCAAGCAAUAUUUUAGAAUGUUAUUCUUGAUGAUCAUCAUUCUCAUCACACAUUUGAAAAUAACAAUAACCUUUAGAAAAUGGGAACCAACUGAAUACAUUUGACCAGGAAUUUCAAUAGUUGACUGUAUGCAAUAACUAAAAUGGCAGGUAGUUUGGAGUGUGUCAGUGUGUAUUGAUAUUAAAGUUUUCUUGAUCUGUAACUACUCGUAAGGCAUGCUCCCGGUACUGUUUUUUUAUAUGACCGGAACUGAUAUUCCCGGUUCUUUCAUAUAAAAUCAGUACUAAGAGCAUGGCGUACCUGUAACAUUAUCUGACCAGACUACCAUGUGGGAAGGAAGAUUAUUUUCCAUGACCACGGUCGACGGGGACGGUUGCAUAACAACUUGUAACUAAUAAUAUUAGCGUUAGUCUCUUUCCAUUUUCCAAUUCCUUUGAUUAGAAAGAGACUUCCGCUAAUAUUAUUAUUACUAUUAGUUACAAGUUGUUAUGCAAUCGGCCCCAGGUCAGAUCAUUACCCACACAGGCUAGGAGAUGACUGUAUCCCAUAUCUUUUUUAUUAGUUCCAGCAAUAUUACGAACAUUUAUGAACUUAGUUUUGAGCUAAAUAUUAUUAUAUAGGUUUCAUACUUUCUGCAGUCUGUGUACUGUGUAGUACUGCAAUGAACCCAACCCACGUGUUUAAAUACUUUGAAUAUGGUAAACUUAAAUACCUAACCUAAACAAUGUUGUUAUUGUGUAGAUUGGGUAACUGUGAUGAUCUAUAUUAAAGUUACCUACUUAAUUAGUGAUCUGUUUUUCGAUUACGAAUUACAAUUUAAUUUCAAAAUGGGUCUAUGUGAUUAAAUACUAGUCGUUUAGAUAUAAGCGAAAUGUCAAUCACUGAUCUCUUCUAUGAAUAAAGUGACUGUUAAUUUAUUGGACCAUGUAUGCAUCUUUGUAAACAUACCUACAUAGUGGGUGGUGGAAUUAAAACUAAUUUUGCGGUAGAAUUAAAAGUGGCGGUGGCGAUGGCGCAGCGCGAGGCGUACCGCAUCGCAACUUUGUGUUUAGUAUGCAACAUUCGCUACCGCAAGUAUUCCUUAGCUGCCACAACUCACCUACAAAGCGGCGCGUCGCCGCAAUUACGACCGCAAGUGCAGUUGGAUCCUAAGGUAAAGGGGCCCACUGAUUACCAGUCCGCCUGACGAUAUCAGCCUGUCAGUUGUUCGGAACUGUCAACUUUUUGUUCUAACUAACAGGCUGAUAUCGUCCGGCGGACUGAUAAUCAGUGGGCCCCUUAUUGAGGUUGGGUCGCCUAAGAUCGGACACUUUUUUCGAUUGUUGACAGUGUUGCAGUAUUAUUAUUCUAUUUCAUAUCCUACGACUAUUUUCUAAAUGUCCUGUUAACCCUUUACCAGGGAAAGGGUGAUAUACCACCCACAUACUAAUUAAGCUUAAUCCCAUCCCUAAUUAAGCUUAAAUGCGUAUCUGGCUCUAAAGUUUGCACGUUUUUUCCGUGCCAUGCAUUUUUACGCCCAAAUAAUAAAUAAGAGGGUGUCCUGCCGGUGACCUCAUGUACCGCAGUUCUUAUGGCAUAACCAAUGUGAGGAAUGUGUUUGUCCCAUUCUCCAUGUGUAUCCUGUAUGUAGGAUGCGAUAGCUGUUCCAACGACACGAUUCUCUCUCUCUCUAGGGUUGGCUUGAGGGUGGUAGUACGGAGUAUACCACAAAUUUAUUACCAUAGCUUUCAACCAUUUCCUUAAAUUCAGCUGCAACAAAUUGUUUGCCAUCGCAUAUGAUGGCCUGGGGCCAUUUAUAUAAACAUUUAUUUAUUCAAGUGAUACAAAUGGUCAGUUAUCCAUCUGUUCAAUCUAUACAAUGACCUACGACAAGAUCAAAAUAAAUCUUUUUAAUAUAUAAGAAUACGAUUUCAGUUUCAUUUACAUGGCAGAUUUCGUCUAUUUCCUUUUAAAAAUCCGCACAAAUUUUACAGAAUAGUAUGCGCUUUAUUUAUAAGGGUUUUUCUUGUCUGGUUCUAGUUUUUAUCGCAGGAUUUCACAAAAUUCCCGUUAUAUUUAGUGAUCCUGUUUUCACCUUACCUGGUCACAAUAACGAUUCUUUUCAUAUAUAUUACAUGUAGGUAUACCUACCUCUGAUUUCAUGGAGCACGCCCAAUCACUUAGCAAAAUCGUCGAAGUCCUUUGCAGGAAGCAUGCAUAUGUUUGAUGCUCCAGGCCUUGGGCCUUUCGCGAAGCUCGGCCUUCGCAAUAGCUGUCCACAGCACGUUUCACGUAAAUCAUUGCGGCUGUAUCCCUAAAACAGCCUAACCGCAUUUUUGUUCUUAAAUCCGACUCACGCUUGACUGUAGACUUCUAAUAAAUAGGUUUUCCUGUCAUAUAUAGGUAUAAAACUAUUUUGUGUAUUUUUUUGCAAAAUUUUAAAUCCAGUAGUUUCGGAGAUAAAAUGGUCAUUCUUUUCCUAUUUUUUUAAAUAACUUCUUAACUUUUUAUCAUAAGAUUAUAAAAAAAAUAUAUAUUUGAUAUUUCCACAAGAAGCCCUUUCAUUUGAUAUGUAACACGAUAUAGUUUGCAAAACUUUGUUGUUUAAUAUUCACAUUUAAUCCCCUAAAAGUGGCCCCUUUGUUUAAAAUUCAUUUGUUUACGUUACAUGUCCGUCUUUGGGCCACAGACUUGCAUAUGGAUAUGUGUACCAAAUUUCAGGUUAAUUGGUUCAGUAGUUUUGGAGAAAAUAGGCUGUGACAGACGGACGGACGGACGGGACGGACCGACAGACGCGCAAGUGAUCCUAUAAGGGUUCCGUUUUUUCCUUUUGGAACCCUAAAAAGGGCUAAAGUCACGUCAAGUAGAUAUAUUGUCUUGUCAUGUGUCACGUCUUGCCAUUAUAUAUCCCUUUAUUACGAUUUACGAUCCGAACUUUUGAAAACCGCUGAAUUUUUUAAGUGCCUCAGUGAUUAGUCCGAUGUUCGGAUUUCGGCCUACAGACGUCCUAGGCGUAAACAAAGUAUACAAAUCUAUAGAGAAUUUGCUAAUUCUACGCAAUAAUUAACAAAAAAGGCAAUAAAAUGAUAAAUACCUAGCAUAAUUUUCAAACUUCUGGAGGGAAGAUCGGAUGACCCAACAUUUUACAAAAAAAAAAGCACAAUUAUUUCGAAGCUCCGGCGCACACGUCCUGCUUAUCGCAACACCGAUCGAGGUACAACGGGAGGGGCAGAACAAAAUGGCGGAGAAAAUGUUGCCAUCAGCGAAAAAUAUUGCUUCAUUUCCGGUAAAUUCUAUGCAUCCGGUCUUAUGUCACAUCCGAUCUUAGGCGACUCUACCUACUUCUACUUAUUUAUUUUGUCCCCUUAAUUAAGGGCUCACUUUAUUGGUCUAAAACGGGGCGGCCUGGACGCACUUGACCGGCGGCGGGGCGGCGAGCGGCAAAUCAAGGCCAUCCUUAUAUUGUGCUCGACCAACUGUAUGAACGGCCUUGUUUUUCCGCUCGCCGCCCGCCGCCCGCCGGUCGCGUGCGUUCCUGGCCGUGGCGUACGCAAUGUACGCAUAGACAUAGUAUUUAUUGAACAAGACAGUGAACUCGCCUCCAAAAAACGUCCUGAGCGAAACGAAAGAAAGAAAGAAUUAGGUCCCCUGAUUAUGAUGUCUGUAAAAAAUAACUCAUUUUGAACGAGUAACGUUUUACAUGUCACCUUUAAUUUAUAAACGAAAAAAUAUAGAUUUGAUGAUUGAAACCAAACAAUUAUGUAUUAUUUCACUGCCUUAUUCACUUAGAUAGGUAUACCCCUAUAUAUUAUACUACUCUUUGGGUAUUCCUAACGUUAAUCCGGUAAAAAGAUGUAUUAUCUGUGCCCGCCCCCUGAGGGCGAAAUGGGAAUGAUUCAUUCCCAUUUGUCACCGGCGGGAACAGAUGGGAAUAGUUUCAUUCCCAUCUGUGGCUGGCGGGAAUAAAUGGGAAUGAAUCCUUUCCAUCAGUGACCGUCUCGGUUUCUUCCUAUCUUUUUUAUUAUAAAAAUGAGCGGAUUGCAAAAAAAGUGUAGUUUCCACUUAUAUCUGUAAAAAAAAUAUUGCACACAAUAAUUUUAACACUUACAUAUAGUGUAACUCAACUGCGUUACACUAUAAGGAAAUAAAUGCCCCAAAAAAGGUAUAGAGGGAAAUGCAAGGAACACAAUUUUUAACGUCGUAGCUUUGUUUGGACUAGUAGGGAGAUGAACAUAUCAAAAGUCCCCGGCCAUAACCCUGGUACUGGGGGGGAGAGGGGGGUUUGAAGGUUCCAUUUUUCGGUUUAGCGGUUAUAUUUCGGAAACUAUGCGUCCGGACGAUAUCGGCCUGUCAGUUAGAACAAAAAUUUUACAGUUCCGAACAACUGACAGGCCGAUAUCGUCCGGCGGACUGAUAGUCAGUGGGCCCCUUUAGCGACUUGGCCACUUAUACAAAAUGAAAAGAGAUUUAAUUUGUUACAAGUUCUAUUCUGUCAAGUUUUUCGAUAUCUAGUAUAGUUUUUGAGAUAUCCGCUCUUCAAGGUUUAUUUAGGGCUCUCAUUUUUAUCUUGAUUUUCUACAUCGGUGAAGCUGCUAGGCCGGGUUUGGGAUCGUUUUCGUAUAAAUCGGGGGUGCUGAAUUCAUUUAUGGUAUCAACAUUGACACCUUUCCUAAGUAAAAACAAAAUUUAAAAAAAUGAUUUUUUAUAAAACUCCUUUUUACGCUUAAACCGCCGAACAGAUUUCGUUGAAAUUUGGUACAGAGAUGGUUUGAGUCCCGAGACAGUACAUAGGAUAGUUUUUAUAACCAAAAUCAUCUUUUAAGGGUGUGAAAAGUGUGGUGGAAAUUUGUAUAGGGAAUCAAUAACCGCUGAACCUAUUUAAAUAAUAUUUGGGAUGGUCUACAUGUUUGAUUUAGUUGAAAAUGAUACCAAACAUGACUUCAAACCUAAAUUUAAACAGUAUUAACCUCAGGAAUUCAACUUCGGCGAAGAAGCUGAAUUCCCCUCACACCAAAUUUCACACCUUCAAAGUAUGAUUUUUGAGAUAAAAACUAUAUUAUAUCCUGUCUCGGGACUUAAAACAUAUAUUUAUCAAAAUUUCAACUAAAUCGGUUCAGCGGUUUAAGCGUGAAGAGGAGUAAAAAAAAAGUUAUUUGUUUAAAGUUUAUAUGUUUUUACUUUGGAAAGGUGUCAAUGUGGAUACCAUAAAUGAAUUCAGCACCCCCGAUUUAUACGAAAACGUUACCAAACCCGGCCUAGCAACGUCACUGAUGUAGAUAAUCAAGAUAAAAAUGAGAGCCCUAAAUAAACCUUCAAGAGCGGAUAUCUCAAAAACUAUGAGAUAUCAAAAAAAAAUACCUAAUAAAACUUGUAACAAAUUAAAUCACUUCAUUUUGUAUAAGUGGCCAUGUCGCUCAGACGCAUAGUUUCCGAGAUAUAAUCGAAAAACCGAAAAAUUGAACCUUCAAACCCCCCUCUCCCCCUCAGCACCAGGGUUACGGUCGGGGACUUUUGAUAUGUUUAUCUCCUAACUAGUCCAAACAAAGCUACGAAGUCAAAAAUUGUGUUCCUAGCAUUUCCCUCUAUACCUUCUUAUUGCUUGGCCUAAUAUGAUUAUUAAACAGUUAAAAUUCCAAUUCGUGAAAUUAAAAUCAUAUUAUGUACCAAUUAUUUAAUGCUGAACCGCGUCAAGUGGUUCAGCAUUAAAUAGUUGACAUCAUAAAUGUGAAAGCAUUAAAUAACUAGCGGUCAGCGCUAUGGAAAAUGGCAUCGCUGCGCAGUCGCGCCAGUGUUGCGUCGAGCGACGAGCAGCAGCCAUAGAGUUGACUAGACGCCGCGCCGACGCCGACGCUCGGGAGACGGAGACGCUAGUGUGGGGUGGUCCCGGUGGCCCUAACCAGUAUCGAUUUAUGUACCUACAUAGUAGACGUGAUCACUAUUUUAGUAUUAUAACUGUAACGGUGCGUAUAACGAAACGUUACACUAUCAACUUCUUUAUUAUUUCGGGCACAUAUAAAUUCUAAAUUCCCUUUUAAAAUUCAAAUCUUUCUUGAAACCCCUUUCGCUGGUUUAAUUUUCAGUUCAAUACAAAACUUCGAUCAGUAAACACCAUUUUCCUACAUAGUUUUCUAAGUUUAUAUUAUAUUUUCACUUUCAGUCUUAAUAAUAAUUCGGUAUUUGAAGUUAUUGCUCAUUUUACCAACUAUAUAAUUUGGAUAUCGGGUGCAAUGUGUAAAUGUUAUUAUGACAUUUUAUUGUAUUUAAAAUAAGUCAAUUUUUUAUAUUAUAUUUUCACUUUCAGUCUUAAUAAUAAUUCGGUAUUUGAAGUUAUUGCUCAUUUUACCAACUAUAUAAUUUGGAUAUCGGGUGCAAUGUGUAAAUGUUAUUAUGACAUUUUAUUGUAUUUAAAAUAAGUCAAUUUGGGAAUUUAGGCAUUUUGGAACUAAGACAAUUUGAGAUUUAGUAAAAUAUGUAAAAGGGCAUUAUGAUAUUUGGGUGUAACGAACCGUAAUCGAUCCAAAUAGUACGAGUAAAUCCAUUAAGAACAUAAGUGCAAUGACAAUGAGUAUUGUGCACGACCUUUUGUAACCAGCCCACCUCUAGACUACCUACAUCCGAAAGGCACAUUAUUUGUAAGUUAUAGUAAUUAAGUAAUUUAAUAGUGUUUUAUGUGUUAUGGCAUCAGGCGCCUAACCCCUUGCCUGUAUUGUUACAGGUGCCUUUUUAUUUCCUUAAUAAAUACACUCGUCGUC